AUGUCAAAGAUUCCUUCAAGUUUUGAUAACAGAGACGUUGCUGAAGUUGAUUUCAUAGAUAAAUGUAUCAAAAAUUGUAAAGAACAACCAUUUGUUCCAUUAGGUACUUUAGCUACAUGUGUUGCUGUUGGAUUAGCUGCUCAUUCAAUUCGUAUUGGUAAUAAGCAAGGUGCACAAAAAUGGUUUAGAUAUAGGGUUGCAUUUCAAGGUUUUACUAUUGCAGCUUUAGUUGUUGGUGGGUUAGUUUAUGGUAAAGAUAAUUAUGAAAGAAAGAAAUCUAGGGAAGAAGCUAUACAUGAAAAGGCUAAAUUAAGAGAAAAAUUAUGGAUUGAAGAAUUAGAACGUCGUGAUUUUGAAGCUAAACAAAGAAAACAAAGAGCUGAAUGGGCAAGACAAAAAGCUAAAGAAAUGGAAGAACAAGAAAAAGCUGGUAUUUCUGAAUCCAAAAUCCUUAAAGAAGUUCAAGAAGUUGAAACUAAAUUACAACCAGAAUCUUCAAAUAAUGAAGAAACAUCUAAAUCUGAAUCUGGUGAAAAGGCAUAA